AUGGGUGGGCUGCCGCUGAUCAACCCCAGGAUGAGAUCUGAGCUCGAGGCUGGAGAGGAUGGUGCGGGAGCUGGCAACGCGAGUCUCGGGAUCUGGAGCCGCCACCUGGGGGCACCAUUGCGCUUCGGAUGGGCCCCCGCCUCACCCGAGCUGCCGCAGCCCUGGGCCAAGGCUCCCGUACCCCCCAGUUGCUGCCAGCCUACGGGUGCUGGAACAUUCUACUCCCCAGCUUCCACUUCUCCAGCCCGGAACCAUAACCACGAUAAGGAUCCACCGUGUGUCAGACCCUCUUCUCAGGUUAUCACUGUCAUCUUGAAAGCAGACGUGGAGACGGAGUUUAUCAGCAUUACUCAUAGAGGCUCCGGACAGCUACCGGGCUUUGAAGAGGCAAAUGUCCAAGCCGGGGCGGGGGGUGCAGCCACCUCUGUUGCAACUCGACUCAGCCCCCUGACUACCUGGCCCCGACUUGGGACUGAUCACGGAGCCCUGGCCCACUGCCCCUGUUGGCUCAGGGCCCUCAGAUCACACAUGGGGAGAAGAAAACGUGGGCCAGGGAACAGGUCACCCGGUUCUGAUGGGAGAAGCCAGGUUAUGGAGCCCCGCCUUCCAAAUCCCCCAGGGGUGUCCUGGAGCCUGGUCCAGCCAGAUAGCUUGAGUCUGAGUCCCACUUCAAUCCAACGUCUCAGAGUCCUCAUUGCAGGCUGGCGCUGGGGUCCAGGCUUCAGCCUCAGUCACUCCACCUGGGGCCCCGGGCCCAGGAUGGAAGAGCUGAGAAGGAAGGAGGUGACCCCCCUGCUCACCAGCCUGCCGCAGGCCCCGCCAGCCCUUGCCGAUGGGGACGGCAGGGCCCCAGCCCGGGCUGGCGUGGGCGGUGGGCGAAGCUCUGGAUGA